AUGCCUAUGACUCUUCAAAUCCAAGAGCACGGCAAUGGCUCUGAUCUCCUACUAGCGACGCGCAGAGAAGAGUUCCGCCAGCUCGCACGCAUCCAAAAGCAACUUGAAAGACGCUCCAAGAUUAUCAUGUUCGAUGAUGAGCAGCUCCAGGUACUCAACAUCGUGCGAGGCUCGCCAUUCGACAUAGAUGAGGAUGAUCCUAUUGACCCUGAUCCCCGCUACUUUCUUCCGGGCCCGAUCGAGGAAAUGGAAGAUUCAUUGGAGCUACAGAGCGAGCGGGACGUAUUCCCAUGGCCAAAGGCCAAGCCGAUUAAGAAUCAUCAUUUCCAAGGUAGAGAUGAAUCCGCCCACAGUAUCGCAACAGAGGAGGCUUGCUGGGAUGCCAUGGCUCGCAGUGGUUUCUGCGAGGAAGUUGCCCAGAAUUCUUCUUCAUGGACGCCUCACGACUUUACUGGAAUAGGACUCGUGUGCAAGAGGUCCUGGCGGUCUCCUGAGGAUGGUCGCCCGCGCUGGCAGUUUUGGUUGAGUGGUGACUUUUACAUGCGGCCCCGUCCAGGAAAUUGUCCCCGUAAACGCGGUGUGUCUAAUUAUAACCCUGAUGUACCUCAUGCUGUUGGUACCGUCUGCGAUAUAACUCGUCCGAGGGACCAGGGUUUUCUCCACAGCGAGUUGCUCGCAGCCGUUUAUCUCCUCAAAGCACAAAUUGGCUCACCAAGCAGGUAUCUUGGCCACCACGUGUGUCCUGUUCUCAUUGUCAGCUUUCACGCCCGGUUCUCAGCUCGCAUCAUCCAAGCAUACUUUCAGAAUGGAAAAGUUGUCAUUCGACCAUCCCGCCUUAUCAACUUGCAUACUCGAACCGUUUCAACAGAGGUCAAGCUUGUUAUUAGGUGGCUUAACAGCCGGCCAGUCGGCGACACACGCCUGCCAGUCCAGGCAGUCCCAGUCCUUGACCAAGUUGAAGACAACUUUGAUUUGCCUGUUCAGGUGACGGAUGCUUUGGGAGUUUCGCCGGAGGAUACUUGUGAGAGGCAAGCAACAGAGGGGGUGGAGGUUGUCUCGUGUAGCUUACCCACGGUUACACUUUUCACUUGA